AUGAAGAAAAUAUAUUUAUUAUUGAUUCUCUUAAUAAAUUUAAAAUUAAAAAAUUGUUUCAGAAAGAAUAUAAAAAAAAAUUCUUUAAAAAAUAGUAUAGGAGAUUUAAGUAGUGAAAAAAGAGAAAAUGUUUUAAUAAAUGAUCUAAAACAUUUAAAUAAAGAAAAAAAGGAUAUUUUAAAAAUUAAUAUAAAUAGUUUAAAUAAUGAAGAAAAAAAAAAAGAGAAAAAAAACAAUGAUUAUUCUUUUCUUUCUUUAAAAAUUAUUCCAUUUAUAUUAACAUCAUUACUUCACACAGGGGUUAAUCAGAUACCACGUGAUAAUGAAAUACAUCAUUACGCUUUUGAAAAAAGUCCCAUAAUAAGAUAUAUGUUAAGAUUAGAAGAAAGAAAAAAUUCAUUUCUUUAUAUCUUUUUUAUUGUUAUUUCAUUUUUAGUAGUUAUAAUUAUAGCUUUUUUUAUUUUUAAGUAUUUUUUUAAUUUUUAA